UGUCAAUAUUUCACCAUGUCAAUAUUUCACCAUGUCAAUAUUUCACUAUGUCAGUAUUUUGCCCAGUCAUUAUUUCACCAUGUCAAUAUUUUACCCUGCCAAUAUUUCACCAUGACAAUAUUUCACCAUGUCAAUAUUUUUCCCUGUCAAUAUUUCACUAUGUCAAUAUUUCACUACGUCAAUAUUUCAACUUGUCAAUAUUUCACCAUGACAAUAUUUCACCAUGUCAAUAUUUCACCAUGUCAAUAUUUUUCCCUGUCAAUAUUUCAACUUGUCAAUAUUUCACCAUGUCAAUAUUUCACCAUGUCAAUAUUUCACCAUGUCAAUAUUUCACCAUGUCAAUAUUUUUCCCUGUCAAUAUUUCAACUUGUCAAUAUUUCACCAUGUCAAUAUUUCACCAUGUCAAUAUUUCACCAUGUCAAUAUUUCGCCAUGUCAAUAUUUUUCCCUGUCAAUAUUUCACCAUGUCAAUAUUUCAACUUGUCAAUAUUUCACCAUGUCAAUAUUUUUCCCUGUCAAUAUUUCAACUUGUCAAUAUUUCACGCUGUCAAUAUUUCAGUGA